AUGCCCGUUCAAGCUUUCAGUGCACGUUUUUCAAGGAACUCAGACUCGGGUAUAGCACACUUUCAUCAAUUAGAUGAAGUUACUCACUUCAAUUGCGUCGUCGGACUGAUCAACGGAACCACACCCAGCGUCCGUCAAUUCCUCAACGUCCCAUAUGCCAAACCACCACUAGACGAACUCCGCUUCCUCCCACCCGAGCCUCUAAACCAACGCAAUGAAACAAUCGUCUCCACUGCUCUAGGACCAGCCUGUCCGCAGAUCCCAAGUACAGGCGCCUCAAUCGAUACUGAAGUGGUCACACAACUCGAUUUCAACGGCCCCACCGCAGAAGACUGUCUCAGUCUCGCUAUUUGGGCUCCCCUAUACCGCAAGAAAGAGUUAGUCCCGGUGCUCAUCUUCCUUUUCGGAGGUGGAUAUACCACCGGCGGGAUAGAAGUCCCCUAUCAAAUCCCUGCCCAAUGGGUCCAACGAACACAAUCUCAGAUCGUGAUCUCAGCAAAUACCCGUGUAAAUAUAUUCGGGUACCCUGGAGCAGCUGCUUUGAAAUACCAGAAUCCCGGUCUUUUAGAUCAGCGGAUGGUCAUCGAAUGGGUACAACAGAAUAUUGAAGCCUUUGGCGGAGACCCAGAAAGAAUCGUUAUCUGGGGCCAGAGUUCCGGAGCUGGAAGUUCUGAUUUACUCAACUUCGCAUACCCAGAUGAUCCCAUCGUUAGUGGAUUUAUCUCUGACUCCGGUUCUGUCUUUCUGAAUAAUCAGAAAUCCGAUCCUCUGUUCUCGAAUUUCAGUUAUGUCGCUGGCCAAGUGAACUGUUCAGGAGACGCCGACUCCGAGUUAGCGUGUAUGCAAAAAGUGAACUACUCCCGAAUCGAGACCGUGAUCCAGGAUUACUCAGAAGCAGGCAACAAUCCACUGAAAUUCGUACCAUUCGUGGAUAAUAUCUCUAUUUUCGAAAACUACACGGACCGAUACGCUAUAGGUGCUAUAUCUAAUCGACCUGCUAUCUUCGGUACAAAUCUACGCGAGGGAUAUGAGGUCGCGACGUGGCCAGACGAUCCGAAGACAACAUCUCCGAAUUCGACAGUAGCAAAUGCGUUUACUGCACAGGCAUUUUUGUGUCCUGCGAUGCUGACAGCAGGAUAUAGAACGGGACUGGGACUAGAUACCUUCCGGUAUCAGUAUCGGGGGAAUUUUAGCAAUAUCUCACCAUAUUUCUGGUUCGGGGCAUUCCAUGGAUCUGAGUUACCCUUACUUUUUGGUACUUAUGGGGAUUAUCGCGGACCACCUACUGUGUUUGAGACUGAGGUUAGUGAUACUAUGCAGGAUCUGUGGUUGGCAUUUGCGAGGGAUGGGGCGAAAGGUGUGGAGAAAUUGGGUUGGAAGAGUUCUGCUGAUGGGGAUGAGGUCAAUAUCUUUGCGGAAAUGAGAAUGCGAGAUGCCUCUGUGUUGUUUCCAGCGGAAAAGAUUGAUACAGCUUGUACACAGAGUGUUAUUGAUAGUAUUCUCGGGGGUGUGAACCCCUUUUCUACUAUUGUUUAA